AUGAGCGCCGCUUCCCUUCAAAGACGGUCUGGGGGGCAAUGGGAGAAGUUGCUGCAGCAGCAGCAGCAGCAGCAGCAGCAGCAGCAGCAGCAGCAGCGAUCGCUGCUGCAGCUGCAGCAGCAGCAGCAGCUCAACCAACAAGAAGCAGGCGACUCCCUCCAGACUGCUGGCCGCAUGGUGGUGGACUGUCCCUCGAUGGGAGACUCCAUCACAGAGGGAACCCUGCAGGAGUGGAAAACCAGUAAACCCUAA